UUCUAUGAUUGAGUUUUUCGUGAGCUGUGUUCGGGAAGAAAACGAUGUUGCAUCAGUUUCCUUGGUUAUUUGACGUGCUGAAACCGAAUAUGAUGCCAGAUUUCGUCUAGGAGUAGCCAAAACAAGUGAUUCCCACGAUCUCUGUUACGUAUUCACAUACGUUUUCUAUGAAUGAUGUCCCCUUGAAUAAAUUGCGAAGUAUAAACGAUGAUAUCAAUCAAACAUAAAUACUAAAUACCGCUAUAAAUUACUGAUCAUAUAUUUCAACCAGAGGCCAUGUAACAAAACAUUCUUAGAUGAAUGACCAAAAAGAUUCUAUAUAUUGUGACGAGGCAACAGAACCUUAGAGGUUAUGUUGAUUUUCCCCCUCCGCACGCCCCCUAUUUUUACUAAAUAUUCAUGCACUUAUUUAUACACCGUUGGAGAGCCCCUUUCCUUAGUUCCUUCCCCUUCCCCCAAUCCCCUACUCACCGCGCUCGGACAGCGCGAGAAACACCAACAAGAAGCACCACUGAAGGAUGGGAUGACGUAGGCCGUCCCCCUCCUUCCCGCGGUCCCCUACUCACCGCGCUCAGCCACCAACGUGAGAGGAUGAUGACGUAGCGCGUCCCCCUCCGCCGCAGUCCCCUGUUCACCACGCGCUACAGGACAAUGGGCGCACACGCACGUUGCGUAGUGCGCCACCCCGCCACCCCUCAGCCCCCGAAGAUGCCCACAAGCAUCGAUCGGUGGAUCAGGGGAAGGUGAAGAACUCACCCCGGAAACGGACGAAAUUGGGCCGAGGACCCCCGAAUACUUCGGGGAGUUCCUCAAGUGGCCAAUAACUCGUCACUCGUUGUUCGGCUGUCGAUUAAGACAACACAGUGCGCCCCAUUAUUCUGAAUAUAAUAAAUCGCGGAAGAAUAGUUGAGUGGCCCAGGACGUUCGAGCUGGAAAAGAGGCUCAUACUGGAUCAGGAUCAACCUGUUGCCCCCCAGGAAGAGGCACAGACCCGGAGGACCCCAAAUAAGGAGGACAGGACCCCCAGAAAUAAGGGAAAUUGGCAUCACCCGAGUAUCACCGACGAUGCUAAGGAUGAAAAGGACUCCCCUCUUCGGGAGAGGGCCAUAUCGUGCCCCAGUGGGGGAGGUAACCCCCAAAACGCCACCCCCCACCCAGGAAUGGUGGGAGAUGGAGGAGAUGCUCCAUCAAGCCCGGAUGGAGACGGACCAGUACCGCCAAUACGGGCACCCACCGGUCAGGAGCCCCCCCAGGACGAGGACGUCGGAGACGUCCACAUACAGGACCCCGGAGACGUCAACCAGGGAAGACUCGGAGGAGCCCUCCCUUCCCCCCUCGCCCGUUCCCUCCCUGGACAUCCCCACCCCUCGCUCACUCUCCCCCAUCGAGUAUCCCCACUUCCAACCCACCUCGUCAGAAGACGAGGUCGCCCCCGAAAAAUCCCCACUCUCCCCCUCACCAACCCCCGAGACCUUGAGCCCGUCGCCAACCGGCUCCGAUCCCGAAAUCCCUGAUUUCCCCCUUCAACUAUCCCCCCUCAGACGUCCACCCACCCCACGAAUCUCCCUCAUGAGCCUCCACACCCCCUCCACUUCCUCACACAUCCCCCAAAAUCAACCCCCAAAACCCGUCCCUGCUCUGAUGUCCCUUCACAUCCCUCGACCCGCAAACCUCCCUCCCAGCUCUGUCCCUUCAUCCCCCAAACCCUCUAUCAAUCGCUCCCACAAACCCUCUCCCCAGCGUUCCCAUUACGUGAGGCGAGCCCCUGGAUUCCCCCAAUUGGCCCCCAUCCCCAAGCACUCCCCCCUCCUCUUCACCGGUUGCUGGAAGUGCAACGGGGCCCAUCAGGCUAGUAUUUGCCCCAUCGGUGCCCGCCGUUGUUACUUCUGUGGCCGGUGGGGGGAGGAUGUUCGUACCUGCCCCGACUGCAGGCUCCUACCCUAAGAAGAUCCGGUGGAUGACCCAUGAACUCUGUCUUCUUUCAUUUGUUCUUUCGUUUCUUUUUCAUGUACAGUUA